AUGAGUGUCCUCUGUGGAGUCUGCUCGCAGGCGCCGCAGAAAUACAAAUGCCCUACCUGCCAACUACCAUACUGCUCGAUCCCAUGCUACAAGAAUCACAAAGCAUCCGAACACUCCUCAAAAGAUGCCCCGAAUGCCGCUCCGAUCUCUAAAUCCAAAGCACCGGCGCCCAUUCCUCCAACUGCACCCAAAGUAGGCGAUUUCUCAACCCUUGCAGACCACCCAUCUAUGCAAGCACUACUUACCUCACACCCAACCCUUCGAGAUGAUCUACGUAAGGUCUAUGCGGCGACUUUUGCGCGCGACCCUUCACAGCAGCAGGAUCACCAAGAGCAACGCAGCGGUGGGACACAUCGAGGACAUAUGGACCGUGGACGUGGUUUCGGAACUCGAGGCAGGGGACGGGGAAGAGGUGGAAGAGGGGGUGCAGACACUGCCCCAUGGACUCCUAAGAAAGGAGAAAACGACGCGCUGUAUAUGCUCAAAGGUAUACGGCAGGGUAAACGGGACGGCAACGCAGAGGGCAUGCAAGAGUUUGUGAAACUUGUGGGAGAAAUCUAUGGAAGCGCGAAUAUUCCCGACGACGAGGCUGAGCAACAUGGCGACUGA